AUGCGCCAGAAAGCGGCACAGCUAACAUCACUGAUCCCAGGACGAGAUCAAAGAAGCGAUCUCGAAGGUCGGGAAGUGCCCACCCCAAGAGAUAAAGGUGGGACCCAUCAGGCCAAUGGUUUCGGAUCGAUUUGGGUCCAAUGCCGGCUGGAGGUGGCCAAGAAAGUGGCGGCCGCCACGAAAAUCAAGGUGGUAUGGGUAGCAGCGAGGGUCGAGCUUCUCGAGGCUCGUCCCCUCGUGUGCUACAAAUGUCUAGAACGCGGACAUGUGCGUCGGCAGUGCAGGAGCACUGUUGACCGUAGCGCACUCUGUUACAGAUGCGGGCAGGAGGGCCACAAGGCGCAGAGUUGCACAGCAGUGCCCAAAUGUGCGGUGUGCAGCGCCAAAGGCCUUCCUGCCAACCACAAGGAGACCCCCAAGGAGGUGGCCACGGGGAUAGCGGGUCCGCUCGGGGACCACAGUGAACCCAUGGAGGUGGACAUGGCUCCACCCACCCAAGGUGCUAAGAAGAUAGCGCCUCAAGGAGGAAGCAGCCAGGAGGAGGCUGGCAAUGCGGCGCCUUCACGGCGCUAA